AAGCGCGCAUUAAGACAAGCAGGAGGCGUGCAGCCCGCGGGGCUCCGGCGAAGUGACGACGAUGCCGACAUUUGAUCUUUGCGCUUCUUCUGCUUCUUGAUUCAUCUAAUCACGUUCCCCGGCCCGAGAAAGUAAAAGAAGGAAUGGAAUCUCCGCCGGAGGAGGACUUCUGCUCGAUCUGCCACGACAGCUUCACCCUCCCAUGCCAAGCCAAUUGCUCCCACUGGUUCUGCGGCCAUUGUAUUCUGCGUGUGUGGCAUCAUGGAUCUGCCCUUCAACCAUGCAAGUGUCCCAUUUGCCGUCGUUUCAUAACUUUGUUAAUACCUACUGAUGCUGCUGUACAAGAGCGCCAGGACCCAGAAGCUAGUCGAGUUCUUGAAAACAUUGAGAAAUACAACCGAAAUUUUGGUGGAGGCUCAUCCAGCCUUAUACAGAGGUUGAGGGACCUUCCAUUCUUCAUCCGAAGACUGUUAAGAGAAAUGAUGGAUCCACAAAGGUCACUGCCCUUCGUCCUCAGAGUACGAGUGAUUCUUGCUAUGGCUCUAACUGCAAUAUAUGUGCUGAGUCCCGUGGACAUUAUCCCAGAAGGAGUAUUUGGAUUUGUUGGUUUUCUGGACGAUCUCAUCAUUUUACUGAUUGUUUUCCUCCAUCUUGCUACUGUCUACCGUUCAGUACUUCUUUACCGCCACGGAGGUUCUUGAAUGCUCUGGUCAAUAUAUGCAUCUGAUGGAAUUCUCUAGCAAGUUUUAUCUAGAAAGUGUCAAAAGAUGUACUUCAUUUCAGCACAGUAAUUUGUCUCGGAUAUUUGUGUACAAUUCUAAUCUGGCUAGUAGCUCACUUUGCAUUUUUGCAUGUCAUGUAAAUUUUUCAUACAGUUCAUCAUGUUUUCCUGUGAUACCUCUUCUUUAAACAGCUUCUAUUCUUUUGUUUGUA